CACCGAACACAUACAAGGAGUUUGAACAUCAGUAGUGCGCUGAUACCUUUAGGAAAAGAAAUAUACCUGAAGUUGCUGUAGAAUGGCUAAGUUAUACAAGAAAACCUCUGGGAAUGGCACACUUACCCUUUACCUGGGAAAGAGAGACUAUGUCGACCRUGUUCAGAAUGUGGACCCUAUCGAGGGAGUGGUGAAAAUUGAUUCUGCAGGCCUUGCAGGCAGGAAAGUGUUUGUGAAGCUGGCGUGUGCCUUCCAUUAUGGCCGCGAGGACCUGGAUGUCAUUGGACUGUCCUUUAGGAAAGACAUCUGGGUCAAGCACAUCCAGUUGUACCCUGAUGCUGGCCACAAACCCAACCUCACUCCCAUGCACGUUUGCCUGCUCAAGAAGGCAGGAGAGCAGGGCCAUGCCUUCACUUUCGAUAUUGCCACAAACCUUCCCUGCUCUGUCACACUCCAGCCAGGACCAGAAAAUGCUGGAAAGGCUUGCGGUGUGGACUUUGAAGUCAAGACGUACAUUGCAACUGAGGCAGACCCCGAAGAGAAACUUGAUAGGAAAGACACUGCCCGCAUGACCGUCCGUAAGAUCCAGUUUGCCCCAGAUGCAACUGGUGCUCCUGGUCCCAAGGCUGACAUCUGCAAGAGCUUCAUGAUGUCUGACAAGCCUGUCCACCUACAGGCCUCUCUGGAGAAGGAGAUCUACUAUCAUGGAGAUCCGAUCGACGUCAACAUCAAAGUCAAAAAUGAAACCUCCAGAACAGUGACAAAAAUCAAAAUCAUAGUUGAGCAGACUACAGACGUGGUUCUCUACUCCGCAGACAAAUACACCAAAACCGUACUUUCUCAAGACUUUGGAGAGACAAUAGAUGCCAAUAGCACAUUCGAUAAAUCCCUUGCCAUCACCCCCCUACUGGCCGAAAACAAGARGAAGCGCGGUCUGGCRCUGGACGGCAGACUGAAGGACGAGGACACRAACCUGGCCUCCAACACUAUUAUUAGAGCCGGUAUGGAUAAGGAAGUGUUGGGAAUCUUGGUCUCCUACAAAAUCAAGGUCAACUUGAUGGUGUCUUCAGGAGGCUUGUUGGGAGGUCUCACAGCCAGUGACAUACAGGUGGAGCUCCCGCUGAUUCUCAUGCAUCCCAAACCCCAAGAGUUGCUGCUAAUGUACCCGUUCUACUCUUUCCCCUUCUACCAUAAUGAACCCUAUUACAUGAACAGAAGUAAGGGAAGUCACGCUUGAGGUUGAGUAAAUUCCCUCAGCAGUAGAGAAAAGAAAGAGGGACUGCAAAGAUGAAUGGAGCAACGCCGYUGACAGCUGCUCAGAUUGAGACUGACGAACAAACCAACGUAGAAACAGGAACACCUCAUAAGAAGAACCAUCCAUCAAAUACACGACAUUGAUUUAUUUUGCUAUUACAGACAUGUCUUCAGUUGUGGUUUUGUGAGCUUGUACUGUAUGUUGAUAUCCAGCCAUGCAUAUGAAUCAUAUCGCUUUACCAUUCACUCUGUACUUCUCACAUAAAUCCAUGGGGGGGGGGUCAACGAUCACAUCCAACCAGUGGCGAUGUGUCAUUCAGGUCAGGUGGGGCCGUUUUGAACCAGUUUUUUUUUGUUUGCCUGUUGUGCAUGUUAUUUUGGCAUUCAUACG